UCUGCCUUCCUGUCCUCCGAUCCUCAGGUGCAGCGGGGGCGAGGCUGCUCGCGGGUCAAAACAAACCUGACGCCAUGGAUGUGGAUGAGGAAGAAAACAUGAGUUCAAGCAGCACAGACGUUAAGGAAAACCGAAACCUGGACAACGUGUCCUGCAAAGACGGGAUGGGAGUCGGUGAUCAGCUCCCCAAUGGAAGCGGCCAUGGCAGUCGAAAGCGCCCCUUAGAGGAGGGCAACAAUGGCCACGCGCAUUCCAAGUUCCGAGCCAAGAAGCGCAAGAAAACACCUGGACCGGUGCUGCCCAAGAAUGCUCUGAUGCAGCUGAAUGAGAUCAAACCAGGUCUCCAGUACAAACUGCUGUCUCAGACUGGGCCGGUCCAUGCACCAGUGUUUGUCAUGACUGUGGAGGUCAAUGGGCAAAUGUUUGAGGGCAUGGGUCCAACCAAGAAGAAAGCUAAACUGAAUGCAGCUGAGAAAGCGCUGCGUUCCUUUGUUCAGUUUCCCAAUGCGUCUGAGGCUCACCUGGCCAUGGGCCGUACACUGACAGUGAAUACAGACUUUACAUCAGAUCAAGCGGACUUCCCUGACAUGCUCUUCAAUGGCUUUGAGACACCAGCUGCUCCUGAAGAAUCCUUCUAUUUAGGCUCCAACGGUACAAACUCACUAGGGGAGUAUCCUUUACCCACACCACCUGGCAGCAACCUUGUCCAGGCUCCGUUGCCCUCUCCAUCUGCAUUCAGCUCACCCUCCACUGGCAAAAACCCGGUCAUGAUCCUCAAUGAGCUCAGGCCAGGCCUCAAAUAUGACUUUGUCUCAGAGAGUGGUGAGAGUCACGCCAAGAAUUUCGUGAUGUCAGUAACUGUGGACUCACAGACGUUUGAAGGCUCAGGGCGCAACAAAAAGCUGGCUAAAGCCCGGGCAGCACAGGCCGCCCUCUCUGCUCUCUUCAACAUGCAGCUAGACCAGACACCGUCCAGGCAACCCAUACCAAGAGAGGGGUUGCAACUUCACCUUCCCCAGGUUCUGGCUGACGCCGUCUCUCGCCUGGUGGUGGAUAAGUUCAGUGAGCUGACAGACAACUUCACCUCCCCUCAUGCACGAAGAAAAGUCCUGGCAGGAGUCGUCAUGACAACAGGAACUGAUGUGAAGGAAGCACAGGUCAUCUGUGUCUCCACGGGAACCAAGUGCAUCAACGGUGAGUACAUGAGUGACCGCGGCCUGGCACUAAACGACUGCCAUGCAGAGAUAAUCGCCCGACGCUCGCUCAUCAGGUACCUCUACACCCAGCUGGAGUUCUACCUCAGCAACAUAAAAGAGGACCAUCACAAGUCCAUAUUUGUGCCAUGUGACAAAGGAGGCUACAGGUUACAGGACAACGUUCAGUUUCACCUCUACAUCAGCACCUCGCCCUGCGGAGACGCCAGGAUUUUCUCUCCGCACGAAGCCGGAGUGGAAGAUCAGGGAGACCGGCACCCGAACCGCAAAGCAAGAGGCCAGCUCAGGACCAAAAUAGAGUCAGGGGAGGGCACCAUUCCUGUACGGUCCAGUAACACCAUCCAGACCUGGGACGGCGUGCUUCAAGGAGAGAGGUUGCUCACCAUGUCCUGCAGUGACAAGAUCGCAAGGUGGAAUGUGGUGGGCAUCCAGGGCUCUUUAAUGAGCUACUUCACCGAGCCCAUCUACUUCUCCAGCAUCAUCCUCGGCAGCCUUUACCACGCUGACCACCUCUCCAGGGCCAUGUACCAGCGCAUUGCAGAUAUCGAGGACCUGCCCCAGCAGUUCACCCUCAACAGGCCUCUGCUCAGCGGUAUAAGCAACGCUGAGGCCCGACAGCCGGGCAAGGCGCCGAACUUCAGCGUGAACUGGACGGUCGGCGAUCAGGCACUGGAGGUGAUCAACGCCACCACGGGGAAGGACGAUAUGGGCCGGCUCUCCAGACUCUGCAAACACGCCCUCUACAGCCGCUGGGUGCGCCUGCACUCGAAGCUGUCAUCCAUCCUGCGGAUCAAAGUGCCCAAGCCCAGCUCAUACCAUGAGGCCAAGCAGGCGGCCAUGGAGUACCACUCUGCUAAAAAGGCCCUCAUCAAGGCCUUCCACAAGGCCGGCCUGGGGGCAUGGGUCAAAAAGCCCAUCGAGCAAGACCAGUUCACCCUCAGCUCCUGAUUGAUUCCGGGGACCAAAAGGAGAGGGGGGGUUUCCCAAUGCACCAGCUCCUCCUGCCCUCCCUCCCUGACCCAGGCCGGAAAACUUAUCGAGCCCCUCAGUGACAUUUUAUUUCCGUCCUCACGUGUCAGUUCGUGGAGUCAUCUGCGUGGCUCCACGAACUCUCCAUAGCUCAUCAUUCCUCAGAGGACCUCCGCCUCAUCUUGUUCCUCAUCUUUGAUUUUUAAGCCUAUAAUUUUGGUUUUACUUGUUUUCUGUUUUAAACUGGAACCAUUGCCCUUUUUUUCAGUCACUUUGUUUUCAGGACAGAAAUGUUCCUCAUGCUGUAGGUGUGGAAAAGUGGCGAUAAAAUGAUUUUUGUCUCUUUUCGCAAAAUGAGUGUAGCCUUUAUAGGGUGAAAUGUAGCAUAGAAGAAAGAUAUUUUUGUUGUUGUUGUUACUGACUAAUACCAAUGUGUAUGGACCUAAAGAUAAUUGCUAAAAUUAAAAACAGUGAUCUUUAAUUUAAUGAUUCAUAAAUCCUCAAGAUGUAAAUCUAGUUCAGAAAAGUGAAAAUAUUGUAGGAAUAACAUAUAAUGUGUGUUUCUCUGAUGCGUUCUUAGCCCCUUUUAUUAAAGGUGAAAAUGUUCUAAAACAACGUCGCCCUGUUUGAUUGACUCACAAUAAAACAGAUUCAGGACAGGUGUGACUGCAGCUUAGCACACUCAAGUUCAUUUUUUAUGAUUUUUUUUUUCAUUCAUUUAUUCAUUCAUUUGUCCUCAAAGGUAUUCCCCAUCGCUGUCACUUCAUACUUGAAUAUCCGGGUGGGUCAUGUUGGAGUCUUCCCCCUCACCUGGGUCCCGGGACAAAGCUUUAGGAGGCGCUGCACGUUCUAUUUCUUUUCCUUGAUUUAUUUGGUUUCCUUUUUGAAUCCAUGGCUUUGCAUGGAAACUGAACUGAGAGGCUUGCCGAGCAGAAAACAAGCGACGGGGAACUCUAUGCGUCAAUGAUUUUUGAAUGAAUGCCAGCAACUUUCUCCACAGGCAGCUUUGAAUCUUUGUCUCUAUUUUCUAAAUUUCUUGUGAUUGAUUGAAUUAGUUUUUUGGGGGGGGGCUUCAAAAGAAGAGGGGUUUUUUUUGUUUUUUCUUUUUGUUUGUUGUGUCCUUUAAAAAAAAAAAAAAAAAAAAAAGGAUUAUUGGGGAUGAAACUACUGAGAGAACAGUGACAGUACAACAAACUUCUCAGACCUUGUAUUUACACCACAGAGACCCCUGACAGCUGUCAGAUCAGAUAAUAGUAGAUGUCCUGUAGCACACAUAUGGUACAGUAUAUGAAGCUAGAUUCAAGAUAUGCCACAUUAAGCCCAUCUGUGGUGGCUGUGAUGCAAACAUGCAAUCUCCACAACGUUGUCCUUGGAAGCACCUUCACAGACCGUGCAUGAACAGACUCAGAAGCUGUAUGCUGAAACCUGAUGCCAGUAGUGUCCAACCAAAUGUACAGUUUUCCAGUUUGAUGUUCAGCCUCCCGUAUUAACGCCUCUGUGUGUAUUAACUCCUGUUCACCAUGAGUCAAUACUCUCCCAUGUUUUAAACUGGUCAAUGAAGAUGCAUUUCUAACAAACUUCAGUCAAUUCCUGUUUCCAGCUGUAGGAUAAAAAAAACACAGUUUGAGUGUGAAAUUUGUGUGUGCUCAGGUGUCUUUCAGCAUACUCAGUUAAAUUUUCACCAAAGAUGUAGAUUUUCACGUGUUUUUCCCCCCCAAUGUUAAUAAGACCUGUUUUUUAAUGGCUUGCCAUUAUUCCGCCAAUCAUCCCUUUACUGGCAGGUUUUUUUUUUUUGUUGUUUUUUUUUGUACUUGUGUUUUCUGCAACAAAAAAAUAUAUAUAUAUAUAUUCCACAUUGGGCAGAAAAGUCAGGCUUCUUUAGUGCAAAUGUAGCUGUCAGCGCCCACCGUGCAUUUUGUGACCUGCAAUCAUAACUGUUGCAAUAUACUUGUUCUGUGCAUAUAAGGAACGACAAAUGUGGCAAAUUCUCCCUCUGUGGAAACCUUUUGGCUCUCUCCUUUGUCAGUAGGAAUGUGAAGAUCUUAUUGUUCCUAUAUAUAAGUUUGUGAAUCACUGACUACAGCCAAUGUACAGCAUGGCACCAACACUUCCGGAGUCGACACGAUUCAUUCCCAUUGUAGCAAGACAGAUACAGCAGGAAAAAAAAAAAAAAAAAAGCAGCACUGUUACAUUUCUCCUCCACCAGCUGCCACUCGUGAUGUCAUCAAAGGUUGUCCAAUCCUCCUUGUUUUGAUUUUUAUUUUCUAAGCCAUCAUUAGAAAAUCAAAGCUGUGUUCAAAAUGUUCACUCACUCAGACUGUAUGUGUACAAAAAAAA